GAGUCUGUUCUCCUGCGUACAUAUUGCCUGUGUCGCGCUCUAUUUACAUUCCCUUUUUGCAAUGUAAUUUAUUUUAAACUAACACAAAAUAUCUUGUCUCGAUUUUUGGUCGGUGGUAAUUUUGGCGAAGUCUAUUUCCGUUGUUGCCUUUUUUUUUGUAGUUGUAUUUAUCACCUAGCUUGACGUGACAUAUUAUUGCCUGUGUCGCGCUUUAUUUACAUUCAUUUUUUUCCAAUGCAAUUUAUUUCAAACCAACACAAAAUACCCUGUUUCGAUGAUUGGUCGGUGGUAAUUUUGGUGAAGUCUAUUUCCGUUGCUGCCUUUUAUUUUGAAAAAAAAAACGCGGAAGUUGUAUUUAUCACCUAGCUUGACGUGAGCUGUGGAGGGAGCGGCUCUGGUCGAGCGACGUUAGCACAGCAGAGGAGAGAGAGAGAGGGCAGUGGAUGACGACAGAAGGUGAAGAUGCGGGAAUACAAGCUGGUGGUCUUAGGGUCUGGUGGUGUUGGCAAGUCUGCUUUGACGGUGCAGUUUGUCCAGGGUAUCUUUGUGGAGAAGUACGACCCCACGAUAGAAGAUUCCUACAGGAAGCAAGUGGAGGUGGAUGGUCAACAAUGCAUGUUGGAGAUCUUGGACACGGCGGGAACAGAGCAGUUCACGGCCAUGCGUGAUCUCUACAUGAAGAACGGCCAAGGCUUCGCUCUGGUCUACUCCAUCACGGCUCAGUCCACCUUCAACGAUCUUCAAGACCUCAGAGAGCAGAUCCUCAGGGUCAAGGACACUGAUGAUGUUCCGAUGAUCCUGGUGGGCAACAAGUGUGACCUGGAGGUGGAGCGUGUGGUGGCCAAAGAGUCAGGGGUGGGCCUCGCUCGCCAGUGGAACUCCUGCGUCUUCCUGGAGACGUCAGCCAAGAGCAAGAUCAACGUCAACGAGAUCUUCUAUGACCUGGUGAGACAGAUCAACAGGAAAAGCCCACUUCCUGGAAGAACUCGCAAAAAGUCCACUUGUCAACUCCUCUAAUCACAGCUCUGCGCUCGCCGGACCAACAACCAAUCAGAGGACAUCUUCCAACCUGCCCCGCCCCCGUGAAAACACACACCAUCAACAUGGACCACCUCAGACCUCUGACCCCUUCCCUGUUGCCUUGGAAACUUCAAAAGACUGUGACGACGAUAAUGAUGAUGAUGUCUGGUGUCUUCUCGAUGUCUCUUUUGUCUUUUUCUAUAUGACACACGGCCUCCAACUGUGUGUGGUGAUGAUGAUAAUGAUGAUUGUUAUGUGAAACAAUAAGAGUCAUUUCAAGUUUUAUUUUGUAGCAGAAUCUGGCGUCAGCUCACCAUUCAGAGCUAACACUAUGUAGCCUGGCAGUGUGUUGGCAGUAUUACGAGCAAGCACAAGUUUUGCGAGCUAAGCUGGCAAAAAUGGUUAAAAAAAACAAAAAAAAAGUAUUCUUGAUGUAUCUUAUAACUGGCUAGCUUGUUAGCCAUUAGUCAGUACAGAAGAAGCACUUUAAAAGUGUAAAAAAUAGUGUUUUUUAGGGUGGCAUUCCUGCAUAUGACCACUAGGGGGCUACAGUGAACUAACCUGUUAGUAUAACGUGACGGUGGGUGAGCUGACCCCAGAUCUGCUCGCUUGACUCGGUGGUGUCAUUAUUAAGCCUGGCUGAAGAUUGUUGAAGCCACAAAAAGCCUUUCAAUGUCCGUCUGAUGUAGCAUGUUCAUGUGUCACCUCCAGGAGGCGCUGUAGCAGUCAGCAUGUCUGUUUUGCAGUGGGAGCUAACUAGCGCCGUCAGUUAGCAUGCUUAGCUCGCUCCAUACCAGGAGCUGUAGGGAGCCUUCGUGGCCGCCAGGGGGCAGCAAGUCCACACUGACUGGUCCUGUUAAACCAGCGCCAACACAGCCCCGCCCACUCGGUGUCGGCAGAUUGUCUUUCAACUUUGACCUCGGUUCAAACUCCGCCUCCUCGUCCUGUUAAGCAGAGAGUUCAAUUUACGUUACUUUGCUGCAUGUUUGUAUUGUCUGCUGGACUCAAGAACGUUCUACACGGGUUCCCGACAGCAGCUGGGGGGGGUUUGAAGCCAAAUGUAAAGUCCAAACUAAAAAGCCUUAAAUGAAUAAAAAGUGGUGCAAUUUUGUAACAGCGA